AUGAAUCCAGAAUUGACACCAGAAGAAUGGCUUAAAGAGGCGGUUGAAUAUGGGUUUAUUAUGGAAUAUGAUUUUGGUGAUUUUAAUGAAAUAAAAAUUAUUGGCACGGGUGCAAUUGGCUUGGUUCGUCGAGCUUUCUUAAAAAAAGUACAAAAUAAUGUUGCUUUAAAAUCUUUCAAUUUUUCAAAGAAAUUUACUAAUAAAGAAUUUGUAAAUGAGUUAAAAUUACAUAAUAAAGUCCAAAGUCAUGAAAAUAUUAUAAAUUUUUAUGGGCUAACAAAAUGGCCUGGAGCUUCAACUUACACCCUUGUUUUAGAAUUUGCUAAUAAUGGAACUUUAAAAGAGUAUCUAAGAAAAAAUAAAGAAAAUCCAAAAUUUGACUGGAAACAAAAAAUAGAACUUGCUAAACAAUUAGCAGGUGCAAUUAGUUUUUUACAUCAUAAUAAUAUUGUACAUAGAGAUUUGAAACCAGAAAAUGUUUUAGUGAGUAAUGGAAAAAUUAAAUUAUCAGAUUUUGGUAUUUCAAGAAGAUUAACAGAAUCUACAAAUUUGUUAAUAAGAGCUUUUGGAUCAGCAAAGUAUUCAGAUCCAGAACAUUUACAAAAUCCUGGAGGUUUCAGUAGAACAAAAAAGUCAGAUAUUUAUGGGCUAGCGAUGUUACUUUGGGAAAUUUCAAGUGGAACAGCUCCAUAUAAAGAUUUCAACACUUUGAAUUUAGUCCAGCUUAUAGUAAAUAAAAAUUACCGUGAAACACCAGUAAAAGGAUCACCUAGAAAAUAUGUACAUUUAUAUCAAAGAUGUUGGGAAAGUGAUCCUAAGAACCGACCAGAUGCCAAUAAAGUUUUAGAUACACUGAUAAAUUUUACUGAACAAGAUUAUGAAGAUGUCAUAGAUUCUUAUCAAGCUCUGUCAACUUAUAAGCAUUUAGAAUUAAGCUCAAUAAAAUUUGAUGGUGAACUAACCAACCAAUUCCUAUAUCCAAAUUAUGCUGAAAAUUCAGGGAUAUUAUCAGGUGACAAUUCACCAACACCAUCAAUAUCACCCAGAAUAUCUUCUUAUUCUUCAGAUGAAAGUGAAUCACUAAGAUCACUAGUACCAGAUAAUAAUAAUAUUGGACAUAUUAGCAAUUUCCUAAUUUCAUAUCCUUAUGAUGAUGGACAGUUCAAUAUGAAUGAUUUUAUAGAUCAAAUGAAAUAUGAAGCAAGAAGAUUUAAUGGUGUUUUAUUAAACAGAUUUAUUUAUCUAACAAUUAUUAAAGAAGAUGUUGGAAUAAUUAUUGAGGAUUUAAAAAACAUUAUAUUAUUAACAAAUCGAAAUCCAGAAUUAGUGUAUAACAGUUUACAAGAUGAAUUUUCAUGUUUAAUUGGUUUUUUUAGUGAAUUUGGCAUAGGAACAGAAAUUAAUGAAUUAAAAGCAUUAGAAAUAUACCUGGAAGUAUCACAAAGUCUUGAACCAAUUAAAUUUAUUGCACAAUCAUAUUUAGUAAGAUUUCUUGAAAAAAAUGGUUCUUAUGAUAGUAUUAAUAAUGAUAAAUCACUAUUAUUGCAAUGGUUCUCAAAAAUAACAUCAAUAAUGUAUGGCGAUGCAUAUUUAGAACAUGUUAAACAACUAGAUAAAAGAAAAAUAUUUGAAUUAUUUGAAGAAUUUGCAAAUAAAGAUAACAAUUGGGGAUUAUAUAGCGUUGCCUGGUGUUACUUAAUAGGAAUUGACGUAGAUAAAAAUGAAAAAGAGGCUUUAAGGAUUUUUUUAGAAGCUGCCAAUAAGCAAAACUCUCUUGCUCAAUUUCAACUUUCAGUGCUUUAUAGAAAAGGAAUUGGAACUGAUAUUAAUAUACCAGAAGCUGAAAAAUGGAUUAAACAAGCAGAAGAACAAAAAGAUCUCAUCUCAAUACCCUAUAUUCAAAAUUUUAUUAAUAGUGUAAUAUCUAAUAAUAACUAG